UUUUGUUCAUUCGUUCGCUCAUCCGUCAAUUAUCUAUCUCUAUUCGUUGUUGAUUUAAUUUUUGUUGGUUGUUAAUAUAUCGUUUUGUUUCUAAAUCGGCAGAAAAUUCAAAUAUUUAAAAAUGGAAGUAGCAGUUGAGGAAUCUCCGAAAGACAAUACAAUAUCAGAAAAUAAUAUAGGCGACUGUGACAAACUGGCAACCCCACCUCCUCAGGAACCGCCAAAAAAGUCAAAAAAGGAAGACAGGUCGAAAAAAGACGAAAAAAAUGUAGAACAGUUCAUGAAAUCACUAAAUUCGGUUCCCACAUUAGAGGAAAAGUUCUCUCUAGUUUGUAAGAAGUACACACAGGCUGCUGACGACAAUAAGAAGAUGCAGUUCUAUAUAAAACAAUCAGAUAAAAGAUAUACUUUGCUGCAGAAAGAGAAAGAACAACUACAGCAUGAGUACAAUAAGACUGUUCUUGUCAAGUCUAAACUUGAGAAUCUUUGCCGAGAACUACAAAAACAGAAUAAAGCUAUUAAGGAGGAAUCUCUUUUGAAAAUAAGAGAAGAAGAGGAAAGACGUAAGGAGACACAGGCCAAGUUCCAGAACACACUGUCUGAGAUCACGGCACUUUUGCAGCAGAACAAUGAAAAGAGUGCUAAACUCCGAGAUGAUAAUAUCAGUAUGACAGAGAAGUUCAAGAGUCUGAUGCAGCAGCACCAGAUACGAGAACAGCAGAUAACAAAAAUGACAAAACAAAUGGGAUUAGAAUCUGAACUAUCAGAGGCGAAGCUUCAGAAGGCGUCAUUAGAACAUCAAGCGGAGAAGGAAAGACUGGUGACGGAGAUUGAGCAGAUGAAGAUGACAUUGGCACAGUACCGUGCCAAGGUGAUGGAGAUGCAGACCAAUGAGACUGCACUCAAAGGCCAACUAGCUGUGUACACGGACAAGUAUGAUGAGUUCCAGACAGCAUUGGUGAAGAGCAAUCAACUGUUUGGUGGCUUUAAGGAGCAAAUGGAUAAGAUGUCUAAAAAGAUUCAGAAGUUGGAGAAGGAGUCGCUGUCGUGGAAGAAGCGGUGGGAGACGUCUCAGACCGCGCUGCUGGACAUGUGCGGGGAGCGGCAGGCCAGCGAGGAGCGCGCCGCCGCCAGCGCCCGCCAGCUGCAGCGCAUGCAGGGACUCUGCCGCACGCUGCAGGCGGAGCGCACCGCGCUGCUGGGCACUCUGAAGGAGCACAACAUCGAGCGGCCGCCGCUGCCCGCGCCCACAGCCUCCCCUCCCGCGCCCUCCCCCGCCCACACGCCCGCGCCCACGCCCACCAACACGCCCACCAACAACAACAAGGUGGAAGCGAUGGCUGCGAAUUGUGAACAGCUAAGACAGAGCUUAGCUCAGCUACAAACACAAUUAGACGUGUUAACAACGGCCAAAAACGAGCCCGUCAAAGAAAAACUCAAAUCUGAGAAGCAGAAAAAAUCCAAAUCAAAAAAGAGUAAAGCGGAGAAACAGGCACAAAAGAUGGCCGCUGAAAAAAUAGAAGCGAAAGAAGAGAGCGAUUCCAACGCACCAAAAGAGACUACGGAUGAGAAUACAACUAUAGAGGCAGAUGAAAAAAUAGAAGACAAAGUCGAUGAUACAGUGAAUUUAAUUCAAGCUGUUAAUAAUGUAGAAAUCAAAGAAACAAACAAUGAGGAAGAAAUUAAAGAAAAUGAUGCUGUAUUAAUAAGUUCUAAUGAAAAAUUGGAAGAUAAAAGUACUACAGAAGUGAAUAAUAAAAAUUGCAAUGAAGAAAUUAUCGGAGAAGAAAAAAAUACGAGCCAAGUUGAGUUAAAUGAGUUAAAUUCAAACGAAGAGAUUGCACAUAUAGAAGAAGUGAAAUCUAUAUCGACUAAAGCCUAACCGUCAGAUUGUAAAUAGUAUUUUCUACAUGAUUUUAUAUGAAAACUUUUUUAAUAUCCAUUGUGGUAUGUUUAAUGAACUAUGUGUGUUCCUACGAGGCCUAACUGUGACUUUUUUAUUGAUACAAGUGAAGUUUUUUUUUUACUGAAUAUCGAAUGUGGACAGGAUUAUGUGCGAAAUUAUUACAAAAAAAAGAAAU